AUUGGAUAGACCUUAAACAUAUGAUACAAUCUAGAGCUGCACAAUAUAGGCAGGAUGCUACAGAACCAACUCCAUCUUCAGCUGCUGAGCCACCACCAGAUAUAGAAUUACAAAUAGCUAUGCAGUGUGCAGAAGCAAGUUGUAUGCAGGCAGAGACGGCAUUAAUGCAACUUCAAAAAUUUCACAAGAAAUUUGGUCAAGCAUCUCAAACCUUCAAACCUGAUUGAAAUUCAGAAAGGAUGAAGUAUUUUUAUGAUUUUUGUUUACUUGUG